CUGACUAUUAUAAUUGAGGUAAAAAGGUUCGAUCAAAAACCCAUUUUCAUGAUUUCAUCUUCAGAAGGCAAAACUGUUUGAUUAGACCUAAAGAAAAUGAUUCUCCUCCUGAGAAAGGUAAUUUUCAAAAGCCCUUUUCCUUCAUCACUUAUCCCUUUUCAUAAUCAUCUCCAUCACUUAUUAUCAUCUGCAAAAACAUCUCAUUUCGAAAAUGUAGUAAUUAAUCACUGCAAGUCUGGGAAAAUCAAGAACUUAGAUGAUGCUUUAGCUUACUUUAACAAUAUGGCAACAAUGACUCCAUUACCAUCUACUAUGGCAUUCAACCAUGUACUCAGUGCACUUUCUGAUAAGGGGUUUUAUUCAGAUGUAAUCACAGUGUAUAAGAAGAUGAAUGCGAUUGGGAUCCAACCAUGUUUCUUUACUUUGAAAAUUUUGAAUAAUUGUUUUUGUGAAUUGAAUCAAAUUGAUUAUGGGUUUAGUUUGUUUGGUGGGAUUAUAAAGAGGGGUUAUGAUCCGGAUGUGAUUGUGUUCAGUAUUUUGAUUAAGGGGUUGUUAUUGGAAGGGAAGGUUUGUGAUGCUCGUAAGCUGUUUGAUAAAAUGAUUGAAUGUGGAGUUCAGCCGAAUACCGUUACUUGUGGUACAAUGAUAACUGGGCUUUGUAGAGUCGGUGAAUUAGAUGAUGCGAUUGAGUUGCACAGGAAUAUGGGGAAAUGGAAUUGCGAACCUAAUAUUGUUUCUUAUAGUGUGAUCAUAGACACACUAUGCAAAAGAGGAUCAGUUGACGAGGCAAUGAAUCUGUUUUCGGAAAUGAUAGAUGACUCGAAAAUUGUACCAAAUGUCAUUGUUUAUAGUUCUCUGAUUAACGGGCUUUGCAAGUCUGACAGGUUAAGUGAAGCGGUCAGACUCUUUGAUAGCAUGCCUAGUCGAGGAGUUUCUGCAAAUUCAUAUACUUACAGUUCACUAAUUCAUGGACUUUGCAAUUCUGACAUGCUAUGUGAAGCAGUUAGAGUCUUCGAAAGCAUGUCUAGUGAAGGAGUUUCUGUGAACUCAUAUACUUAUAAAUCUCUAAUACAUGGGCUCUGCAGGCGCGGGUCAUGGAAGGAAACAAUGAGAUUUUUUGAUGAAAUGGUGGGGAGUGGGAUUUCGCCGGGUGUAGUUACUUUCAAUGUAUUAAUAGAUUCUCUGUGUAAAGAAGGAAGGAUGGAAGAAGCUUCCAAGAUAUUUGAUGUGAUGAUAAAGUUAUGCAAAGAACCUGAUGGAUAUACAUAUAGUUCCAUGAUACUUGGUCUGUGUUCCACAGGUAAGCUAGUGGAGGCACACAGAUUGUUUGAAUCAAUGACAGAUAAGGGUCUUGAACAAGAUGUUUACAGCUUCAGUUUGUUGAUUAAUGGGUAUUGCAAGAGGUCUAGGUUGGAUGAAGCUAAUCAACUGUUCAAGAAAAUGCAAAACAAGGGAUUGAAACCCAACCAGGUUACCUAUAAUACACUAAUAGAUGGGCUAUGCAGGGCAGGGAAAAUUAGAACGGCAGAGAGCAUGUUAAUUGAAAUGCAAUCUGAUGGGGUAUCUCCGGAUAUAUUUACAUAUAAUGUAGUUGUGAAUGCCUUGUGUAAAGCUGGAAAUAUUGAGAAGGCGAGAGAAUUGUUUUCUGAAAUCCCUAGCAAAGGAUUAGUUGCGGAUGUUGUAACAUAUACCACUAUGAUCAAUGGUAUGUCGAAAGAAGGGAUGUUUAUUGAAGCCGAAAAACUGAUCAUUGAAAUGAAAAAUAAAGGUUGCAUGCCAAAUGCAACUACGUAUGAUACUAUUAUUAAGGGUUAUCUUUUGGAAAAUGAUGUUACAAGAGCAUUAGAGUUUCUCAAAGAAAUGCACAGAAAGAAAUUUUCAUUGGACGAUGCCACUAAAUCUUUGUUGAACAGUUGCUUAUCUGCAGAACAACUCAAAAACUUGGAGUUUCCUGAAAGCUAGUUAAGAUUGAUGCAACUUGUACGUGUAACGAAGGGUGGAUUUCUUCCAUGCACUGCGAAUGAUUGAGCCUCUAUUCUUGCCUUCUGCAGUUUUGUCAAGCAAGAACUUUCUUCAUUGUACGUAUCUACUUGAUACGUGUUCUCCACAUACGUCUUUUCCUUAUUGUCCUGACAGCUUAGUAACAUAAUUUCCCUACAUAUUUAUCCCUGCUUCUUACUUGAGACUCCAUCUUUUUGCUGUGCUUCGUCGGUCACAGGCUUUGAUAUCAUAACUCCUCUUCAGACAACCUAUCGAGUGUGCUUAAUUAAGCUAUGUCGGGCAUGUUUACUAUAUCAGGUCACUUUUAAUGUUACGCACUUCAACAAUCCAGGUAUAUCGAAUACACAUAUCUGAGGAUUUCCUACCUCAAGCAAUCUCGGUCUUGGUUCAGUAGAAGCAUUAUUUGGUUGCUUUUGAAAGCAUUAAAGCAGCUCAUACAGAGAUUGCCAAUAGCAUUGUUAUCUGCAUUUGAUAGCAGAUCUUGGAUCCCAUACCAAACAUACUUCUGUGACUGUGCAAAGGUUCAGGAAUUGCAUUUUCAAGACUUGGAGAGUUCCAUCCGGCUUUCUUCUUCAGGAUUUGGGUUGUCAAGGUUCACGAUUUGUGAUUCUUAUUUUCAAUUGUAUUUCUUAUCACACAAUUGGGCUUUCUUCUGACAUUUUCAUCUACUCUUCUGACCAGAGUUUCUCCUUGACCAGGUGAUUUGUAAAGAUUAAUAAAUUGCAAGCAGGAGAUCUUUUCAUUGUACAGUUCAUAACUUUAGUUGGAAGAAAUAUAUGCUUGUAGUAUUACUCCUGUAACAUGGGUUGACACCAUAAUAUAUAAACCUAUC